CUUCAAGCGAACUGCGCAUGCGCGACGCGUCGUCCAGACUUCAGUGUUUCUCUACCGGUGAAUAAGAGCGGACGGACGGAAAUAAUCUGCCACCUGAUCCAGCGGAAAACGUGAGCAGGUCUCCAUGGCCCAGUUCGGGGGUCAGAAGAACCCUCCGUGGGCGGCCCAGUUUGCCGCAACAGCAGUUUCACAGCCCGGCCACUCAGGACAGUCACUGGACCUGAACAGUUUACACUCUUUAGGAGUACAGCAGCCAUCCCUCUUGGGAGCGUCUCCUAUGUACACUCAGCAGUCGGCUUUAGCGGCAGCCUCCCUCAACACACAGUCAGCUGCCAACUAUCAGCUCUCUCAGCAGACCGCAGCGCUCCAGCAACAGGCCGCAGCAGCCGCUGCCGCUGCAUUACAGCAGUCGCAGAUCAAUUCAGCCCUGCAGCAGUAUCAGCAGCAGCAACAACAACAACAGCAGCCGCCUCAAGCCCCCCCACCACAACCUCCACAUCAACAAACUCUUUACAAUGUCCCACAUCAGCUUUCACAACCCCAACAAGCCCUGCUAUCACAGCCCGCUGUUGCCUUGCCCACCAGCCUGAGCCUGUCAAACCCGCAGCAGACGGCACAGAUAACCGUAUCCUACCCGACCCCGCGCUCCAGCCACCAACAGCAGACUCAACCCCAAAAGCAGCGUGUUUUCACCGGGGUCGUCAGCAAGCUACACGAUACUUUCGGCUUUGUUGAUGAGGAUGUCUUCUUCCAGCUCAGUGCAGUUAAGGGGAAAACACCCCAAGUCGGCGAUCGUGUUCUGGUGGAAGCUGUCUACAAUCCUAACAUGCCUUUCAAAUGGAAUGCCCAGCGCAUCCAGACGUUACCUCAGCUGCCCAACCAAACGAACCAGCCGCCAGGCCCAAACAUGAUGAAACCAGGUCCCACCAUGCUGCAGUCUCUACCCCCGUCCACCACGUUCAGUGUCCCGGCCCAGGGACCUCCUCCGUCUCUUCUGCAGGCCCAGCUCUCAGCUGCCUCUAUGGCCCCACUGCUGCAGAAUCCCCCACAGCCCCUGCUACCCCAGCCUCCCCCUAAAGACUCUGUGUUCUCAGGGGGUUUGCUGCAGCCGCCAGCGCGGAUGAUGCCUCAGCCGCAACAGGUGAGGCGUGUGGACCCCUCACCCCGCUUCCCCAGCCGCAGUGACCGACCAGAACUUAUCCUGAGGAAAGAUGACCGCAGUCGGGAAAGAGAUAGAGAGCGAAGGAGAUCAAGAGAACGUUCACCCACACGGAAGCGUUCUAGAGACCGGUCUCCUCGCAGAGAACGUUCUCCAAGACGGCCACGCAGAGUCGUCCCAAGAUAUACUGUGCAGUUCUCCAAAUUCUCUCUCGAUGGUCACAACUGUGACGUGAUGGAGUUGCGCCGGAGGUAUCAGAGCCUCUACAUCCCCAGUGACUUCUUUGACGCUGUGUUUACCUGGGUAGAAGCCUUUCCCUUAACACGACCUUUCACCUUUGGAAACUACUGUAACUUCCACAUCAUGCAUAAAGAGGUGGACUCUCUGGUGAAGAACGCAAAGGUACCCCCCCCCCCCCCAGUUAUGGUAAUGCUGCUGGCCAACCCUAGUCUAGAUGAGCUGUACCAUAAGUCCUGUGCUCUGGCAGAAGAUCCACCAGAGCUGAGAGACUCCUUCCAGCACCCUGCCCGCCUCAUCAAGUUCCUGGUGGGGAUGCGGGGCAAGGACGAGGCUAUGGCCAUCGGGGGUCACUGGUCUCCCUCUUUGGAUGGAGCCAACCCGGAAAACGAUGCCUCGGUUCUUAUAAAGACAGCCAUACGUUGUUGUAAGGCUCUGACAGGCAUUGAUCUGAGUUUAUGUACCCAGUGGUAUCGUUUUGCAGAGAUACGCUAUCACCGCCCUGAGGAGACUCACAAAGGGCGGACAGUCCCCGCACAUGUGGAGACAGUGGUUUUAUUUCUCCCGGAUGUUUGGCAUUGUCUUCCUACCCGCUCAGAGUGGGAGGGCCUGUCCCGUGGACUCAAGGAGCAGCUGGCAGAGAAACUCGUGGCUGAACGGAAGGAGGCUGAUGGAGAACAGGAGGAGGAGGAUAAGGACGAAGUUGAUUCAAAGGAAGUCAUGACGCCAACUCACUGGGCUAAGCUUGAUCCGAAAUCCAUGAAGGUCAAUGACUUGCGUAAGGAGUUGGAGAGCCGUACACUGAGCUCUAAAGGGCUGAAGUCACAGCUGAUUGCUCGCCUCACCAAACAGCUGAAGGUGGAGGAGCAGGUAGAGGAGUCCAAGGAGCCGGAGAAGCCUGAACCUCCUAGUGUGGAGGAGGAUGAGUCCUGCAGACUGGAGGAUGACCGAGAGGAAGAGGAGCGAAAGCGACAGGAGGAGCAGGAACGUCAGCGCAGAGAGAGACGUUAUGUUCUGCCAGAUGAGCCCACCAUUAUCGUCCACCCCAACUGGGCUGCCAAGAAUGGCAAAUUCGACUGCAGCAUCAUGUCCUUGAGUGUGCUGCUGGACUACAGACUCGAGGAUAAUAAAGAGCACUCCUUUGAGGUGUCUUUGUUUGCUGAAUUAUUCAAUGAGAUGCUUCAACGAGACUUUGGCUACAGGAUCUACAAAACACUCAGUUCUCUUCCGAGCAAGGAUGAGAGGAAAGAUAAAAAAGAGAAAGCUAAAAAAGAGGCAGACCGGAGGGACGUAAAGAAGGAGAAGGAUGAAGAAAACGGAGAGCCGGCCACAAAGAGAAUGAGAGAGGAGGAUGAGAAGAGGAAGGAUGAGGAGAAAGGUAUUAAGAGAGAAGAAUCCAAAGAUGAUGAUGAUAAUGAAGACGGCAGCAGCAACAACAACGCUGAUGAAUAUGACCCACUGGAGGCAGAAGACGCAGACGACUAUGAUGAUGAUGAUAAAGAUGAUGAAGACUCUAAUGGCAGAGACAGAAGAGAUGACCGGCGAGAUGAACGGAAAUCCAAAGAGAGGUCAUCUAAAGAUAAAGAUGAGAAGAAAAAACAGAUGGUGACGUUUAACAAGGAUCUGCUGAUGGCCUUUGUGUACUUCGACCAGAGUCACUGCGGCUACCUGCUGGAGAAAGACUUGGAGGAGAUCAUGUACACGCUGGGCUUGCAUCUCUCCAGAGCUCAGGUGCUGCUUCGGUGUAGUGUUGUGCUUGUACAAAUUAUGUGUGUGUAUAUUACUAGUAAUUAUAUUACUUUAGAAUAUGAAUAUGAAUGUGUUUAUUAUUAUUGUUAUAAUAAUGAUGAUGAUGUUCUAAUUAGACUACUACUACUACUACUACAGGACAGCGGCGAGUCAUCUAGCCUAAUCGUCUACAAGGGAUCCAUGGUGGAUGUGGGAAGCAUGAUGCAGAAGCUGGAGAAGAGUGAGAAAACCCGAGAGGAAAUUGAGCAGAAGCUCAUGCAGCAGGACGUUAAAAUGGAGGAGGACUCAAAGCAUAUAGCAGAGCUAGAAGCAGCAACCCGCAGCCUUCAGAGGGAGAUGGAGGAGGUGAAGAACAAUCUCAGAGAGACAGAGAACAACCUGAGAGCCUCAGACCAGCAGAAGGGCAGCUAUGAACAACAGCUCCACAGCACAGUGUCCAGCCUCGACACCAUCAUGAAGGAGAUACAGGGCGUUUUUUCACAAGGUGACCCUUCAGAUGACAGUGACCAAAAAACUCAAGCUAAUGGCUCAGAUGAGUGAACGUCCCUCUCCAGCUCAUCCACAUCUAAUCUCUCUUCAAAUGUGUUAAUAAGCUUAAAACUCACACAAUUCUGAAGCUAAUUUUAUUUGAUCUUUUUUGCAUUCUGUGUACAAAGUUUUAAUGACUGGAGGUAAACUCUAAUUUUCCUCAUAAUUCCAUGUUUAAAAAUAAUUCUUUGGUUUUGAAAAAUAAUUCUCUGAAUUCUUCAGAAUCAAAUUAUUACGCUUAAGUUGAAGUUUAAAUAAUUUGUUUGAAUUAUGUACACGCUUUUGGUUAAUCCAUUUAAGCUUGUUUUUGGCCUUUUUUCAUUUUCAAAAGUUGCUAGUCAUUUUAACAUGUGUUGCUAUAUCAGCAUAUUUCAUUGUUGAAAUAAUGACUUGUGCCAGUACGUGAGUUAUUAGCAAAGUUUAUUUAGCAAUAAGAGUUAUUUAUGUUUAAAUCAAAUGUUAGAAACAGCCAUUAGGAUUUUAUUAGGACCUAUGUGAAGCUGCUUUCUGAUCUCUUUCAUUGUUCCAUGACAAACAGUGAUCGAAAAACACAUUUUGUUCAAAGUCUUUUGUUUGUUUUGGUCACAUCUGUGCAUGCAUCUUAAUUAGCGCAUGCAUAUUAGCUUGAUUCCCGAAUAAUAUUCUUGCGGACUUUUUUUUUUUUUGAUCUUGAUGCUUUGUUCUGUGAUCUCCGUGUAAUCCUACCAGGGUAGCUUUGUGUGAAUGGGGCCAUGUUCUUCGUCAUUUCAAAUAAAACCAAGGCAGUUACCCUGUUAAAGAUGCACAGGCUUGAUCGGACUGAGCUGCUCAUGUCCAUUCUGAGUCCUGGGUACUUCAUAUCAGAGUGAUUGUAAUGUGUCAGAAUAGUGUGAGUCGGAUACUGUGUGUUUUCCAGUAGUUUGUUACGCUGGAAUUGUUGGCAGGCAGUGAAUUCUUUUCUUUUUUAUGUUUUUCCUGUUGUUGGCCCACUAAAGAUAAGAAUGAUUACAGUGGGUGGUUUCUGCUGAGUGGAAAAGAGCCAAACCUGGUAAAGUGCAUAUUAUUUUUCUAUUCUGGAUGUACUGUAUGUUUUUCCUGGUAAAAGAGAAGAAAUAAAAGUGCUUCGUUUUAAAAUUUCAUUCAGUUGAAUUUUUAAUUUCCCCCAUUUGUUAGGAAUUUACAGGGGUUUUGGGAACUUUGCAAUGACAUUUUUUCCCAGUAGAUGGCAACAUUUGUUUGAUCUAGAGGGAUUAUGCAUGCACUUUUUAAGAGGAAAAACAAGCAAUGGGUUUAAUAAACAAAUAUUCUUC